AUGGAACUUUGCGUGCGGCCAGCGCCCUGCAGCCCUUCCUCGCGGCUCAUCCAGGGCAGGAUCCGUGCCGGAGGCGGGCAGGCACCGGCCGUCCCGCCGCGGCCGGGCUCCGAGACGGUGCGGGGGCAGACGCGGCAUCCCUUCGGGUUCGGGCAGGUGCCCGAAAACUGGCGUGAGGGACCGGUGGGCGACACUACCGCCUCGCAACGGGUACGGCCUGCCGGCCGCUCGCGCCAAUCCUCCUCCUCCUCCUCCUCCUCCUCCUCCUCCUUCGCCUACGCCUCCGUCGGGCAGCCGGCGUACCCCCAAUUCCCCUUCGCCCCCCAGUACGAGCCCUACGAGGCACCCCGGGCGUACGACGAGGCGUACACCUAUUACCGCAGCACCGGCACCGGCGGGGCGGCCGUGGCUUCGGCGGCGGCAAGCGCCAGCGUGGUGUACCCCUUCCAACCCCGGGCACGCUACGAGGACUACGGGGAGGAGCAGAACCCCUAUAGAGCCCAGGGUUACUACCCGGCGGCCGAACGCCCCUACGUGCCCGCUGCCCCCCAACCAGUUGAUGGGCUGGACCGCCGGUACUCCCAUAGCUUGUACCACGACACGGGGGGCUCACCAGAGCAGGGCAGCCAGGACUCGUACGCCAACCAGCAACCCGCCAGCCACGGCAUCGCAGCAGCGGACAACCUACAACCUCCCGCCGGGACGGGGUACGGGGGCCAGUACCCACCCUACGAGCCACAGCCGCCUUUUCGGGCGCUGGAGCCUUAUGGCGUUCCUCGCCCCGAGCCCUUCCUGCCUGCCAGGAGCCCUGAAAUGCCACAAGCUGUGCCCGAUAGCCAAGCCCGGGUCAGCGUGGGCAGCGUCUACAGGCCCAGCCAUGGUGGACGGGGUCCCCUGACUUGCAGGAGAUGGAAAAGGGAUGGGAAUGAGGAUGAGGCUGGGGAUGGGGAUGAGGAUGAGGAGACGGAUGAGGACAAGAAUGGGGAGACAGGGCUGGGGCCGAGGGCAGGGGGGACAUUGGCAUUGACUCUCCCCAAUGUCCUCAGCACCGCCUACACCGCUGAAGCCACCGACUACGACGUGCGGGUGCUCCUGCGGUUUCCCCAGCGGGUGAAGAACCAGGGCACGGCCGACUUUCUGCCCAGCCGGCCUCGGCACAGCUGGGAGUGGCACAGCUGUCAUCAGCACUACCACAGCAUGGAUGAGUUCAGCCACUACGAUCUGCUGGAUGCCACCACGGGGAGGAAGGUGGCCGAGGGCCACAAGGCCAGCUUCUGCCUGGAGGACACCACCUGUGAUUUCGGCAACCUGAAGCGUUACGCCUGCACGGCCCAUACUCAGGGCUUAAGCCCGGGCUGCUAUGACACCUACAACGCCGACAUCGACUGCCAGUGGAUCGAUAUAACAGACGUGCAGCCAGGGAAUUACGUCUUAAAGGUUCAAGUGAACCCUAAAUACAUCGUCCUGGAGUCGGACUUCACCAACAACGUGGUGAGGUGCAACAUCCAUUACACCGGACGCUAUGUUGCCACGACAAACUGCAAGAUUUCCCAAUCUUGAUGGGAGCAGGGCCAGAGGGAUGUCACCUGCCCCAGCCUCUGUCUCCCUCUUGAGAAAGUGCCUGAACUGGCUUCUCUGUCCCACUGGAGACCCCAGAGCCCAUCAGCAGCUCCUUGAGACCCCCCUCAAAAAAACCCCAUUUCUUCAUGUUAAAAGGAGCAGAAGCAAGAAUGGAUCUUUGAAAUAUUUUUUAUACUUAACUUUUCUUUAACCUUCCUUUUUUUUUUUCCAUUUUCUAAGGGAAACCGAUGCUGAAUUUUAGCUGGAAUAAAGGCAGGGGCCCCUAAGUGCUGUAUAAAUGAUGUAAAUCGCGUAUUAGCAAUAGAGAGCUCUGUAGUCUUUAACCCCUUCAGCCUUUUUUUUUGGGGGGGGGGUCUCCAGCAAUGCCACCUCCCUGGGGAAGAAGAUGACAGCCCCGAUUUGGAGGUGUUGCCCUGGCAGGGAUGCUCGACCCCUCUUCUCGAGGUACCUGCCACGACGGGAUGCUUUUGGGACUGAAGGUGCUGGAAAUCCCGUCACCUUAACAGGGAGGCUUGCUCCAUCUGUUCGGCUUUUAAAACUAGGGAGGGAGUCCUUGAGAUGACUGGAAGUCUUGGGUUUUUUAUUAUUAUUAUUUUCACAAGCUUUAAAACCAGAAAUCAUUAAAACACGUUGCUUUUGAGGGUUUGGUGUUUAACUGAGACUGCGUGACACCGCGACAGCCCUCCAGGGCCACGGAUGGGAUGGGGCUCUCCCCUGAGAGGUGACCCACGGGAAUAGACGUUGGCUUUUUGAUGUUGUCCUUGAAUCCUGGAUGCUGGGGAGCAGAAGGCACCGCACAUGGUUGGGGGGAGGAGGAAGGAUUCGCUCCCUGACACCCCCCCUAGUGCUCCUCCUGGCCGGGGAGGGGGUGUGGGACACAGCCACCCUCUUGGUGACAUCCUUUGUGCUUCGGGAGCCAUCAGCUGACCCAGAUCCCGGCGUUCCCGCCCAACCCUUGUCUCCCCACUUCUCCUCUCCCCCCAAUGCCACGUCCUGACCCCCCCAGUCCCCCCUUGUCCCCA